AUACACACAUAUAUAUAGCAACCUAAAACGUGUGUCGCUUACAGCUUAAAGUUGUUCGAUGAUGUUGACGAUUCUCGAGGUCUACCUCAGACUUGGACUAUAAUUGUAAGGAUAGAUGUUAAAUUCCCUAUGGAGCCUAGGUAUCAUGAUAAGCAACACUUCAUCCUUGUCGACACCACUGGUUCCAAAAUUGAAGCAAUUUCAUAUGGCAAUAACGUCCAUCGAUUUGACACACUACUUCAGCAAGGAUGCAAGUACAUUUUGAAAGAUGUAGUUUUUGGGCCAAACUGGGGGGACCUUGAAUUCAGAAAUAUUGGGCAUCGGUUUGAGGUGACAUUGACCAGAAAAACUCGUGUUGAGCCAUACACCUUCCGACUUCAGUUCUCUCCCUGCCCAAAGCAUCUUAUGCCAUUUCAUGAAGUGAUCCGACAACCCAACAAGACAUUUGUAGAUGUUAUGGGAAUAGUUGUCCAUAUGGAGCCAUUGGAGCAUGUGGGCAAUAGGCUAUAUAGAGAGGUUGUGUUAAUGGAUGCAAGGUGGCACCUUAUUAUUGUUGGGAUUUGGAGUGACCUCUUCUGCCGGAAUUUUCAAUGA